AUGGCUGUGGGCGCGCAUGCGCGAGGCGGUGGUCCUCUCGCGCGCCUUCUUGUACUGGCUAUUCUGCAAGUCAAUUUUAUAGCUCUAGGUCUGGAGCCGGACUUCCUGUACCCUCUGGAGAACGUGACGAUAGCGCAGGGGAGGGACGCUACCUUUACGUGCGUGGUCAAUAACCUGGGUGGUUAUAGGGUGAGUGGCGACUCCGCCACCGCCAGGGUUGCAUGGAUCAAAGCGGAUACAAAGGCGAUUCUGGCGAUACACGAACACGUUAUCACAAACAACGCGCGCUUGAGUGUAACACACAACGACUACAAUACGUGGACAUUGAACAUUCGCGGGGUGAAGAGGGAGGACCGAGGACAGUACAUGUGCCAAGUUAAUACAGAUCCUAUGAAAAUGCAGACAGCAUUUUUAGAAGUGGUAAUACCUCCGGAUAUCAUAUAUGAAGAGACAUCAGGUGACAUGAUGGUGCCAGAAGGAGGUUCCGCAAAACUUGUUUGCAAAGCAAGAGGAUAUCCGCCCCCAAAAAUAGUGUGGAGGCGAGAAGAUGGAGGAGAUUUGGUAUCAAGAGGAGGACCACAGGGGAAAACCAAAGUGAUGUCGCUCGAGGGGGAAAUAGUAAACUUAACGAAGGUGACAAGGUCAGAAAUGGGAGCGUAUCUGUGCAUCGCGGCGAACGGCGUCCCGCCUUCCGUCAGCAAGAGGAUCAUGCUACACGUUCAUUUUCAUCCUUUGGUUCAAGUACCGAAUCAGCUGGUUGGUGCGCCAACGGGCACAGAUGUCACCCUGCAGUGUCAUGUGGAGGCUUCACCUAAAGCUAUUAACUAUUGGACCAGAGAGAAUGGUGAAAUGAUAAUAUCAAACGACAAGUACCACAUGAGUGAAAUCAACAGCUCGGCGUACAGCGUGCAAAUGCGGCUCGUGAUAAGGAACAUACAGGGCACUGACCUCGGUGGAUAUAAAUGCAUAUCAAAAAACUCUAUCGGGGACGCUGAGGGAAAUAUCAGACUAUACGAAAUGGAAUUACCUUAUCGCAAGAAUCGACCUGAUGAUGAUCACGAUUCAGAUCUGGAAGAGACAAACGACGUUCGAUCUAGUCUUCAAAAUUCCCUCCGAGAGGGCGGACGAGCGGAGGACGCAGGUUUCCUUGGAGGAGGAGGACCGCCCGCCGGCGCUGCGACCCGAGCCACACCGUACGCAAUCUUUUUAAUAUCGGCCUUAGUAUAUACUACGGUCUAAACUUUCUCCUUUAAGUAAGGUUGCCAUAAA